AAAUUAUUUUCGAUUAAAUUUCGUUCAACUGACGAAGUAAAUAAAUUAAAUUUAAAAAGAAGCUCAUUGAUAUUUUUAAAACAAAAUGCAUUUAUUACGUCAAAUAGUUUGCAAUCGUCGUGCUGCCACACAUUUUGGUAAAUACGUUCGUAAUUUUGUAUCAUCCACAAAUGUACGAUUAUCGGCUGAACCGCUUGUAGCACCCGUACCAGACGGUGCCGAUGCACCGCCAAAUCCAAAAUUGCAAAAAAUUGUGAGUGAUAUUGCUGCACUAAAUUUGCUAGAGGUGUCGGAAUUGUCGACACUUUUGAAGAAAACAUUGAACCUUCCCGACGCACCAGUUGUGGCUUAUGGCGCUGCUGCUGGCGGUCCAGUUGCACAAACACCUGAAGAAGAAGAAGCCUCCGCGGGACCAGCUGUCAUUCAAACUUUAUUCAAAGUGAAAUUGAACAGUUUCGAUGAGUCAAAGAAAAUUGUGCUAAUCAAAGAGCUAAAGUCUCUAUGUGAGGGCAUGAACUUGGUACAAGCCAAGAAAUUCAUUGAAGCGGCGCCGGCUUUUGUCAAAGAAGACCUUUCAAAGGAAGAAGCUGAAACACUGAAAGCAGCUCUCGAGAAAGUCGGUGCUGUCGUUGAAAUCGUAUAAAUGGAUUUUUACGAGUAUAGCAAUUAUGAAAACUAAACUGUACUAUGUUAUUUGACAUAUAAGUUCUUUUUUAGGUAUUUUAUGAAAAUAAUCAAGAAAUUUAAUGAAAUAAACACUUGAUAGAACAAA